CCUCAAUGUACACGACUACAGUCUCUCUCUAUCUCAAGCUUCUCUCUCGCUCCUCUCUCUCUACAUCAAGAAACCAUUUAAUUCAUCCAUCUCUCUCUCCAAGCCCUACAAAGUACAUCAUCUUCUUCCUCUCCCUCUCUGUCUCUCUCUCCCUCAGCUAGCUUCUAGCUAGGGUCAUCUGCUCAUGCUCCACCCUUCUCUCUUUCUCAGAUCACAGAUGAACCUUACCAAAACACCAUAAAAUAGUGUGUGAUCUCCCACACGCACACACAAACACAACUCUACCUCUCUCUCUCUCCCUCCCAUCAUAUCAUAUGAGCAAGGAUUCCUUCCAACCUAUAAUCUUUAGCUUUGCUCUUGGACUCUUUCUCUCUCUCGACCAUCGUCUCCAUCACACCUAACUAUCUCGAGCUAGACCCACAAGAAGCGGUUGGCGACUUCAAAUCCGUUCCCUUCUCUUGCAAACAACCACCCAUUUACCCGGCCAAAACGUAUACACGCAGAUAUAGAUAGCUGUGUGUAUAUAACAUGGCCUGAUUGACCAUGGAUAUCACCGGAGACGCCGGAGGUGGCCGUCGGCCCAACUUCCCCCUGCAGCUCCUAGAGAAGAAGGAGGAGCAGCCUUGCUCCAGCUCGGCCGCUGGCGGCGCCUCGGCGGGCGGCGGGAAUGGAGCGGCGGCUGGCGGCAGCGCCGGAGGGGAGAUGCAGGUGCGGAAGGCGGUGCCGAAGCGGACGUCGACCAAGGACCGGCACACCAAGGUGGAGGGGCGGGGGAGGCGUAUCCGGAUGCCGGCGCUGUGCGCGGCGAGGGUUUUCCAGCUGACGCGGGAGCUUGGGCACAAGACGGACGGCGAGACCAUCGAGUGGCUGCUGCAGCAGGCGGAGCCAGCGGUGAUCGCGGCCACCGGCACAGGCACCAUCCCGGCCAACUUCACCUCCCUCAACAUCUCCCUCCGCUCCUCCGGCUCCUCGCUCUCCAUCCCGGCACACCUCCGCGGGGCCUUGCCUAGCCCCGGCGUGCGGUUCGGCUCCCGUGCGGACGCGUGGGACCGUGUGGUCGGCCUCGGUUUCCCACCCGAAGGCCCCGCCUCGUCAUCGUCAACGCCGUCGCCGCUCUUGCUCAACUUCCACUCGGGCAGUGUCGGCCUCGACGUGCAGCCCUCGCCGUCCGCAGCAGCCGCUGCCGCCGACCUUUCCCGAAAGCGGCGGUGGGAGCAAGAAAUGCAGCAGCAGCAACACCAACAGCAGCAGCAGCAACAGUACCAGCAGCAGAUGGCCGGGUACACGCAAAGCCAAAUGCCAGGCACCGUCUGGAUGGUGCCAAGCAACAGCACGCCGGGCGGCGGGGCGCCUUCCGGCGGUGGCAACGGAGGAGGAGGCAGUGGCGAGUCGAUAUGGACUUUCCCGCAGAUGGGCAGCGCCGGCGCCGCGGCUGCCGUCUACCGUGGCAGCGUGCCGAGCGGGCUACAUUUCAUGAACUUCCCUACACCGAUGGCUCUUCUACCCGGCCAGCAGCUGGGGCUCGGCCCCGUAGGAGGCAGCAGUGGCGGCGGAGGAGGUGGAGGCGAGGGACACAUGGGGAUCCUCGCCGCGCUCAACGCGUACCGGACACAGGCGGCGGAUGCCGCGGCAGGCCAGGGCGGAGGUGGACCGUCUAGCCAGCAGCAACACGGAGGUGGCGGCGGCGGCGAGCGGCAUGAGAGCAUGAGCACCAGCGAGUCCUAGGCCGGCCAGGUCUCCGAUCGAGGAUCGCGCGCAUGCAUUGGUCUCUGGUGUGCCUUUGAUCUGUUCUUUGUCUUUGAUUCAUUUUUCCUUUUCUUUUUUGUGGUUUCGGUUCCUCUCCUCCUAGACAACUUGCAAGGAUUACACUCAGCUAGCUGCAUCCCAUGGCAAUGGCGUUUAGACGAUCAUCAUCCUUACGUACGUGCGUGUGAGUGGAAGAGCGAGGUGUGCCAUGGGAGAUCAGACAGAGGAGGGAAACACAUCGAUCAUCCAUCAGCAGAGAGAUUGUUUAAUUUUUGUUCUUUUAGCUUUAGGGUUUGAUCAAGAAAUGCGAGCACUGGAAGAGAUUUUUAUGAGGCACCUGCCAAUCGAUGGUUCAUUUUUUUUUGGCAA